CUAGACUUCUAGCUCGUGUAAUGUCAUCAUAUUGAAGAGCUAGCGCAGUCAACCAGACCAAGCUUAUCGGAACUGAAGUUCGGAGUGUGGAUUAAAGUCGGAAGCUUUGUUCAGUCGCACGCUGGUAGCUUGUAUCGGAGAGUUGAUGUUUACAUGGAGUGAAGUUGACAUUAAGCGGUGUAGAAACAGCUGAGAAAUCUCACACACGCCUGUAAAGAAUAAUACAAACAGCACUGACUGGUGACAGCUGGGGACAGAAUGGAGUCGGGACGUCGGAGAGGUUUAAACAGCCUCCUGUCCUCACUGUCCCUACUCUGUGUGGUGCUGGACCUGCAGCUAGACGGUGUGCUGGGUGCCACACCUAUGGAGAUUGAACAUCAUUUGGAGAUGGGCCGUAAGCUACUGGCUGCGGGACAACUGGCUGAGGCACUCUCGCAUUAUCACUCAGCUGUUGAGGGUGACUCAAAGAAUUACUUGACUUACUACAAGCGGGCAGCAGUGUUUCUGGCCAUGGGAAAAUCCAAAUCAGCUUUGCCCGAUCUGACCAGAGCCAUUCAGCUUAAACCAGACUUCUUAGCUGCUCGGUUGCAACGGGGAAAUAUUCUUCUAAAGCAGGGGCACGUCCAGGAGGCCAGAGAAGACUUUCAGGCAGUGCUUCAGCGUUCCCCAGACACUGAGGAGGCUCGUAGUCAGCUCCACAAAACUGAGGAGCUAGAACUGCUCCAGGAAGAAGCGCAUAAGGCACACCACCGUGGUGAUUACGGCACCACUAUCCAGGUUCUAGAACGGGUCAUAGAGAUGUCCCCUUGGAAUCCAGAGUUCCGGGAGCUUAGAGCAGAAUGCUAUGUUCGAAUUGGAGAGCCAAGAAAAGCCAUCUUAGAUCUGACGCCUGCGGCUCGGCUCAGAACGGACAACCGAGCAACCUUUUUAAAACUCAGCCGCUUACUCUACGACUUGGGAGAUCACCAUGAAUCCCUUAGUGAGAUUCGAGAGUGUCUGAAACUGGAUCAGGAUGAUAAAGAAUGUUUUGCCCACUACAAGCAGGUGAAGAAGCUCAGCAAACAGCUGGACUCUGCUGAGGCGCUGAUCGCAGAACAACAAUAUCAAGAUGCAAUUGAAAAGUAUGAGUCUGUAAUGAGGACAGAACCAAAUGUUCUAUUCUACACCAGCAAAGCCAAGGAGAGAAUCUGUUUCUGUCUAGUAAAGAAUAAUCAGGGACAGGAGGCAGUGGACAUGUGUUCAGGAGCCCAUCAGACAGACCCUCAGAAUAUCCACAUCCUCCGAGAUCGAGCUGAGGCCUACAUCUUGCUGCAGGAUUAUGAAAAAGCUGUGGAGGACUAUCAGGAAGCACGGGAAUUUGACCAGGACAAUCAGGAGAUUCGGGAGGGUCUAGAACGUGCACAGAAACUGCUGAAGAUUUCACGCAAAAGAGACUACUACAAAAUUUUAAGAGUGAGCCGGACUGCCACCAAACAGGAAAUCAUUAAAGCAUACAGAAAACUCGCACAGCAGUGGCAUCCAGACAACUUCCAGGCUGAAGAGGAAAAGAAGAAGGCUGAGAAGAUGUUUAUUGACAUUGCUUCAGCUAAGGAGGUGCUUACAAAUCCAGAGAUGCGUCAGAAGUUUGACUCGGGUGAGGACCCCUUGGACCCUGAGAGCCAGCAGGGAGGAGGGGGUGGAGGAGGCGGAAGCUGGCCGUUUGGCUUCAACCCCUUUGAAUCCGGUGGAAAUUUCCAUUUCAAGUUCCACUACAAUUAAUAUGGCUAUGCCACUGCAUAUGGCGGACAUGAUUCUAAUGGACAAUGGGCUGAAUCUACUCCACUUCUCAGAAGGAAGACUUCGAAGAGAAUCCUAAAAUUCUUCCAUUAAAAAAAUGGUUGCUCCUAUCAGUGGGGAUUUUUGAGCUGUUUCAAACUUGAAUGUGGACCUGGUUUGGAUUCCAUAAGGAAUCAGUAAAGUUAUAGGAUUUAUUUUCAGUUUAUUUGACUCAUUGCAGUCAACGCUUGUGAUGAAUGAAGUCUUAUUUAGUAUUUUUCAAAGCUUUACUGUUUCAGCUUUAUUAGCUGAUAGUCUUUCUAUGGCAUUUUAGUUUCUUUCUAUUCGUCACCCAUGCAUGUCUGUUACCCUGAUUUCCUCUGAGGUUUUCUCUUAUUUAGUAGUUGGGCUCUGAUUUCAGUAUACUUGUGCUAAGUAUCACGAGAGGCCACAUUUUUGAGGUUUAGUUCCAACACUCCAGACUUUGUUGAAUGAAGUCAGUAUUGCAAAUUUUUGUGCAUUUGAUUAGUAGAGUUUAUACAGAAGAGAAUACCUGCCUAAGCAAUUUAAUGAACUCUUUUUGUUUGGGGCUUUUGUGCUUUUUUUUCCAAAAUCUUAUUAUUUUGUGGCCUUUUGCUAUGACAUCAUCGGUUACUCAAUACAACAGUUACUGAAUGAAGUAAAGACCUGCAGAUUUACUUAUUGUUCUCAGUCACUAUUGUAUGAUGUUUUUAAAAGGGUAUAGGGCUUGUUUAUUACAACCUUGCCAAUAUCAAAACAUUCUUAAAAUCUGUGGUAGUGACCACACUUUCAGCCUGUGUGCUUUACAUAUAAUUUCCAUGCGUUUUCAUUUUGACUCCAGACUGACUCCAAUGUGCCAUUGCAGCUUCUCUUUUGAACUAAAUGGGUUUCGAAAGUGCAUUUUAUGCCUGUUACAUAGUUAAUGCUUUCUUAAGAUGAACUUAUUUAAAACUGCUUUCUGGACUAAUUAUUUAAAAUAACAGGCAAUGUUCUGAUAAUCAUUGCUGUGUUUGGUGUCAUUUAUAACUCCCAUUUUUACACAAAUUGGUAAGGCUGGCACAGUGGGCACUGCCAGACACGAAUCAUGUUCCAUUGCUAAAACAACUGGCCAGAACAAAAGUCCCCCUUGUGCAAUACUCAUUAGUUUUGGGCCCUGUCUUGCUGUUUUGGGCCCUAUGUGUGUAUAUUGUAAUGAACUGAAUUACUUAUUCUCUUUACAUUACCAGUUUUCUCACAACAGAAUUGAUGCAAUGCAGAAUUUUUUUAAUGAUUCACGGUUUGGCAUCAAGAAAAUACAAAUGUUUUGAAGUAAAUAUUCCAAGUAUAAAUUUUGCUCCUAGCUAACAGCUCCUAGCUCACCACAUAAAAAUCUGGUUUAAAGUAUCUUUAUACCUGAACAUAAACUGGUUUGACACCAUAUUCCAAAAUCCCAAACAUUAUUGUGUCUUUACUCCUCUGCAAAGGAUUUUUACACCAGAUUUUAUUGUGUGAAAAUCGGUGUCUAAUGUAAAGCUCUGGUUCACAGUUAAUGUUCCAGUUCAUCCCAAAUGUGUGCCUCGGUUGGCACAGCAGUCUAUUAUGCUAGCCCAUCACCCUUGAGAUCCGGUUUUAAAUCUCGGAACACAGACAUGACUGGCUAUGUAUGGAAGGAUGGCUAAAGCCCUUGGAUGCACUGGUGCCCUGUCCAGUCUGUUACUGUGUUGCGCUCAGUGUUUUGUAGUGGAACUGGACCCAUCGUGACCCUGGCCACCUCAAACAGGAUUUGUCUGACCAAUCAGCCUUCUUCCAUUGCUCCAGUGUUCUAUUCUGAUGCCUGCAUGUUUUUUGCAAACGUGGACAGUCUUUCCACACAAAACUCACCCCACCAUGCCUUUAUGGACCUUGCUUUGUGCACUGGGGCACAUUAAUGAUGGAACAAAAAAGACCCCAAACUGUUCCCACAACGUUGAAAGCAUACAAUUGGCCAAAAUGUUUUAGUAUGAUGAAGCGUUAAGAUUUCCCUCCACUGGAACUAAGGACCAAAUCCAACCACUGAUAAACAACAUUAAAGUUAAUGAUUAAGAUGCAAGUCCCAAUACUUCUGUCAAUACAGUGUUCUUUAACCGUGUCGCCCUUAUUAAAAUCAAUUUUUUUUUCUGUACUUGAUCAUAUCUACUGCAUUCAGCAUGUGUACUAAGGGUAACUGCCAUCAGCCCAGCAUUUCAUCUAUGCGUGCACAACUGUUACAAAAUAAGUAUUGCCAUGCAAAUGUUUCAAGGCUUUUCAGUGCAUAUUCAUCAUGUGCUGUUUAAUAAGCAAUGCGUCAACGUACGUAUGUGUUCUCAAUAAAUUAGCAACUACAUGAAUGAA